AGCGGCGGAGGAGCGGAGCGGCGGCGGGGCGGCUCGGCACCGGCACCGGCACCGGCGCGGCAGGAGCGGCCCCAGUGCGACGGGUAACAGCGGGGGAGGCUGCGGCUGCGCUGGGCCUCCUGUGGGAGCCGGCUUCCCCUCAGCCCCGGGCUCGGCUCUCCCGCCCCCUGGGGCCUGCCGUUCCCUCUCCUCCCCUCACCGGCCGUUGUCUGCCGCCAUGUCGGUCAACCCCAUGGCCUACGAAGCGCAGUUCUUCGGCUUCACCCCCCAGACGUGCAUGCUGCGCGUCUACAUCGCCUUCCAGGACUACCUCUUCGAAAUGAUGCUGGUGGUGGAGAGCGUCAUCCUGAAGAAGCUGGACGGGUUCCCCGGCUGUAAAAUCAGCCCCUGCCAAAUCCGGAAAAGCACGGAGAAAUUCCUUCUCUUCAUGAAGGAGCACUUUGACAAGCUCUUCAGUAAAAUGGAAGAAGUGCUUCUGCAGCUGGUGUUAAACGUCCCUGAGAACGUGCUCCUUCCCGAGGACAAGGUCCACGAGCAAUACCCCUACACCAAAGAACAGUUCCAGGCGCUUCAGGACGAGAUCCAGCAGCUGCAGCAGCAGUACAGGGCCGAGGCCUCCGCUGGGCAGGCGCUGCAAGCGGAGCUGGAAGAACAGAAGGCUGUUCGGGCUGAGCUUGAGAAGAUUUUGCAGUGGUUUGAUGGGCUUGACAAUAUCUGUAGGGAGCACGGGACCAGCAACUUCAAAGAAAGCUUUGCAUUUUUGACGCAGAACUCUAAGAGACUGCAGGAUGUGCUGAAAGAUGUUGAAAAGAAAAGCAAAAGAAUUAAGAAGCACGAUCAGUUAUUAUAAUGGAAAUGCUGAAAAGGCAACAAAAAUAAUUUAGACAGUUUGCUUAAAAUAAUAGGGGCUUAUCUUUCCAGAAGUGCCUCUCCUAAUCCCUUACGCCUCCAAUCCUGCCAAGAUCUGGACUAAAAGCUGUUGAACUGUGUCAGUUUGCACCUAUUUAGCUCCUCCCUAGGGACGCAGGGAGAUGAAAAAAGCCUUGUUUUUCUGUGAAAUGUAACUCUGAAAGUGGUGAUUGGGAAUAAAUUUUGGGGUGGAGAACCUGGCCUUACGAGCAUUAACUUUGAACACGGCAUAGCAUUUGCUUAUUUCGAUUAUUUAAAAAGAAAUAAUCCACCUCUAAGAACAUCUAAGUGAGUUUCUAGACUGAUACCAGUUCAGAGUCGAUGUUUUUGGCAGUGAGGAUGUGGGGACGUUGUACCAGUUUCCCGAAGGAGCGGAUUUGUACCGGCAGCGUCUUGUUAGGGCUGAGGUGCCCUUUGCUGUGUUUUAAAAGCCAACAGCUAGGAAUUCCUUAAGAGAAGGGUGUGACAGCGUCGCUGUUGUCAAGGUUCUGAUGAGAAAUAGAUCUGUUUGCAUCAAUACUGAGUUUCAGUCCCACUUCUGAAAUUUCAGGGUUACUCGCCACUCCCCAGACGUUUGCGAAGAGGCAGUUUGUGUUUCCUUGAAGCCAGGACAGCUGCUCCACGGACCAGAGAUACAGAAGCCACUGGAGGAAAUAAGCAACUCAGUCACUUUGUCCUUCUUCACCUUAUUUUGCUUUAUGUAGAUAUUGUUUGUUUGUAUUGUCCAGCGUCCUUUCUCUACUGAAUAGCGAAGUUCAUUUUAUUCAUAUUUAAUCAGAUUUUCCUGUACAAGUAUUGAGAAGACUGAUGUGCUCGAGUUCUUUGAAAUCACUUAAUUAAGCUUAUUCUAUCUGUACUCGAUUCAAAGUACGUCACAGUCUGUGUGCAUUCUUCUGUUGGCCUCAGCGGGUUUGGAAUCUCCUGUACAGCUGUAUCCUGACAUCGAUACUAAUUUCUGCUUUUUAGUAGCAUAGAGGUCUGAAAGACGUCAAGCUUGUGAGUAAUUUAGAAGUUACUGCAAUAAAAAAAAAGUAUCAAAAUCAUAAAAUGCAUUUUGCAGUUCUUUCUUUCCUGAUUUUGAAGGCUUCAUACA